AUGGCUCAGACACCGUGCAUUUCCACAGUUCACGGGUUCACGAACGACACUUCCCCAAACCAAACCAUGAACGACAUCUUCGCUCCCCUCGAAGACAUCCACUUCGACGCACAAUUCUCAACAUUGUUGGAGCUUUCCUAUCAAGACUCUCAGAGUCUGAAGAAUACACAAUCCCCGCUCCCUUCAAGAUGGGCAAACAGAACUAUCUUCAUCAGCUCCGCCACCACUUCCACUGAUGGAUGCGUCGACGCCAGCUCACUUCCCUCACACGGAACCAAACAUGACCCGACAUUGCGUUCGGUUGAGGACCAAGACAGGCAGAACACAGAGUUUGAAAGCCUUGGUUCUCUUUCUGCCACGGGCGACUCGCAUGCACAACUACGAGAGGAAAUCUACAGAUGGCUUGCACUAACAGAAGAUUCUCCUCGGUUGUCGUACGCGAGACCGAGUGAACCUGAAGAGAGUGAUUCUCGCACUUGCCCAACCCCGUUCCGACGGGGAGUCGAGUCGCCUUCUGACAGCAGGGGUUCAUCUGCGAGAAGCCACUCAUCCACCGAAGAUCGGAGCCAAGGAGAAGCUUCUGGGGAAGAGGAUAGCCAACCUGUCGAAAAGUCUAUCCCCCAACGGUUUCACGACGGGUAUCAUGCUGCUCUGUUGCAGAUGCUGCCACCGUCUUCAGUGUAUUCACGGGGAACCCACCCGUCAUUUCAUCGCCAAUACCGCAACAAGGAAGAAUUAGCUUUCUAUGAGGGUCUUUGA